AUGGCGGACCGGGAGCCGGUGCCGCUUCCUGCGGAGAUGCGGGCCAAACUGGCCGAGCUGGAGCUGGAGUUAUCCGAGGGUGACAUCACACAGAAGGGCUAUGAGAAGAAGCGGUCCAAGCUGAUUGGAGCCUAUUUCCCUCAAGCACCAGGGAUGGAUGCGUCCAUAGGCCCGGAGAGAAGAGCGCCCGUCACGCCGUCCUCGUCCUCACGCUACCACCGCCGGCGGUCCUCUGGCUCCAGGGACGAACGCUACAGAUCAGAUGUUCACACGGAGGCGGUGCAGGCGGCGUUGGCCAAACACAAAGAGAGGAAGAUCGCCGUGCCCAUGCCGUCCAAGCGCCGGUCGCUGGUGGUGCAGACCUCCAUGGACGCCUACACACCACCAGACACGUCCUCGGGCUCGGAGGGCGAAGGUCAGGGCGACGGCGAGGACGGAGAAGGAGGAGACGGCGAGGAAGAGGACGGAGGAGGGGGGGGAGGGACGUCCUCCAGCCGGGAGGGGAGCAUCAGCAUGGAGCACUGGAUCAGCCGGGCCAUGCACGGCACCUCCUCCACCACCACCACCACCUCCUCCACGGCCUCCUCCUCCUCCUCCACACGCAGCGGGGGGAGCGGAGCGGCCGGCGGGAGGCUGGCGGACGUCCUGGCACAGCAUGUCCACAUGUCCGCCCACCACCACCACCACCACCGCCACCAUCACCACCGCCACCACCACAAGUCGGAGAACCACUCUGCUCCUCCAGACGUCACCGGCUACACCAACAACUCGGCCAACCCCCCCGCCGGCGAUGGGAUCCAGGUGGAGCGAGCCCCGGGCGGCGGCCCCCCGGUCCAGAGGCAGGCGCCCAAGUACGGCAACGCCGAGCUGAUGGAGACGGGCGACGGCGUCCCAGUCAGCAGCAGAGUCUCCGCCAAGAUUCAGCAACUCGUCAACACCCUGAAGAGGCCGAAGCGCCCGCCGCUCAGGGAGUUCUUUGUGGACGACUUCGAGGAACUACUGGAAGUCCAGCAGCCAGACCCCAACCAGCCCAAGGCCGAGGGCGCCCCCAUGGUGGUCUCGAGGGGCGAGCAGCUGGGCGUGGUCACCAACUGGCCCCCCUCCCUGGAGGCGGCCCUCCAGAGGUGGGGCACCAUCUCCCCGAAGGCGCCCUGUCUCACCACCAUGGACACAAACGGCAAGCCGCUCUACGUGCUGACCUACGGUAAACUGUGGUCCAGGAGUGUGAAGGUGGCCUACAACCUGCUGCACAAGCUGGGAACCAAGCAGGAGCCACUGGUCAGGCCUGGAGACCGGGUGGCGCUGGUGUUCCCGAACAACGACCCUGCUGCCUUCAUGACGGCGUUCUACGGCUGCCUGCUGGCCGAGGUCGUUCCCGUGCCGAUAGAAGUCCCACUGACCAGGAAGGACGCCGGCAGUCAGCAGAUUGGGUUUCUGUUGGGCAGCUGUGGAGUGACCGUGGCUCUGACCAGCGACGCCUGUCACAAGGGGUUACCCAAGGGUCCCACUGGGGAGAUCCCCCAGUUCAAAGGCUGGCCUAAGGUGCUGUGGUUCGUCGGCGAGUCCAAACACGUCUCCAAACCACCGCGGGACUGGUUCCCUCACAUCAAGGACGCAAACCAGGACACUGCCUACAUCGAGUACAAGACGUGUAAGGACGGCAGCGUCCUGGGCGUGACGGUGAUGAGGGUCGCCAUGCUGGCUCACUGCCAGGCCCUCACACAGUCCUGCUCCUACACAGAAGCUGAGACCAUAGUGAAUGUAUUGGACUUCAAGAAGGACGUGGGACUGUGGCACGCCGUCCUCACGAGUGUGAUGAACAUGAUGCACGUCAUCAGUAUUCCCUACGCCCUGAUGAAGGUCAACCCUCUGUCCUGGAUCCAAAAGGUCUGCCAGUACAAAGCCAAAGUGGCGUGUGUGAAGUCGCGGGACAUGCACUGGGCUCUGGUUGCUCAUCGGGACCAGAGAGACGUGAACCUGAGCUCCCUGCGCAUGCUGGUGGUGGCCGACGGUUCCAAUCCCUGGUCGAUUUCCUCCUGUGACGCCUUCCUCAACGUCUUCCAGACCAAAGGUUUGAAGCCGGAGGUCAUCUGUCCGUGUGCCAGCUCCCCCGAGGCGCUCACUGUGGCGAUAAGGAGGCCGUUGGAGGAGGGCAGCACCCCCCCCGGCCGUGGCGUGCUGUCCAUGCAGGGUCUGAGUCACGGGGUGAUCCGGGUGGACUCGGAGGAGAAGCUGUCGGUCCUCACGCUGCAGGACGUCGGCUCCGUCAUGCCCGGAGCCAUGAUGUGCGUGGUGAGGCUCGAAGGAGUUCCUCAGCUCUGCAAGACUGACGAGAUCGGAGAGUUGUGCGUUUGUACUGUCGCCACCGGAACCUCCUACUACGGCCUGGCUGGCAUGACCAAGAACACGUUCGAGGUUUUCCCCAUGUCCAGCAACGGGAGCCCGGUCAGUGAGUUUCCCUUCACCAGGACCGGCCUGCUGGGCUUCAUCGGACCCGGAGGUCUGAUCUUCGCUGCAGGGAAGAUGGACGGUCUGAUGUUGGUCGCCGGGCGUCGGCACAACGCUGACGACAUCGUGGCCACUGCGCUCGCCGUGGAGCCCAUGAAGUUCGUCUACCGGGGCCGGAUAGCGGUGUUCUCCAUCACGGUGCUCCAUGACGAGCGGAUCGUGGUCGUGGCCGAGCAGCGGCCGGACUCCACGGAGGAGGACAGCUUCCAGUGGAUGAGCCGAGUACUGCAGGCGAUAGACGGCAUCCACCAGGUGGGGGUGUACUGCCUGGCUCUGGUGCCCUCCAACACUCUGCCCAAGACCCCCCUGGGUGGCAUCCACCUGUCGGAGACCAAGCAGCUCUUCCUGGAGGGGGCGCUGCACCCGUGCAACGUGCUCAUGUGCCCGCACACCUGCGUCACCAACCUGCCCAAACCGCGGCAGAAGCAGCCAGAGAUCGGCCCUGCCUCUGUGAUGGUCGGGAACCUGGUGUCGGGGAAGAGGAUCGCUCAGGCCAGCGGCCGAGAUCUGGGUCAGAUCGAAGACAAUGACCAGGCAAGGAAGUUCCUCUUCCUGUCUGAGGUGUUGCAGUGGCGAGCCCAGACCACGCCGGACCACGUCCUGUACACGCUGCUCAACUCCAGAGGUACGAUAGCCAGCUCUCUGACCUGCGUCCAGCUGCACAAGCGAGCAGAGAAGAUCGCGGCCAUGCUGUCUGAACGGGGCCACCUGCAGGACGGAGACCACGUUGCACUGGUCUAUCCUCCAGGAAUCGACCUCAUCGUGGCGUUCUACGGUUGCCUCUACGCCGGCUGCGUGCCGAUCACCGUGCGCCCGCCUCACCUGCAGAACAUCUCCACCACGCUGCCCACCGUCAAGAUGAUCGUGGAGGUGAGCCGGUCGGUGUGUAUGAUGACCACACAGCUCAUCUCCAAGCUGCUGCGGUCGAAGGAAGCCUCGGCCGCCGUGGACGUCCGGACGUGGCCGCCGGUCCUGGACACAGACGAUUUGCCAAAGAAGAAACCUCCUCUGCUGUAUAAACCCUCCAACCCCGACACCCUGGCCUACAUGGACUUCAGCGUCUCCACCACGGGCAUGCUCGCUGGAGUCAAGAUGUCUCACACAGCCACCAGUGCCUUCUGUCGCUCCAUCAAGCUGCAGUGUGAACUUUACCCGUCCAGAGAGGUCGCCAUCUGCCUGGAUCCCUACUGCGGCCUGGGCUUCGUCCUCUGGUGCCUUUGCAGUGUGUACUCAGGUCACCAGUCCAUCCUGAUCCCCCCCACCGAGCUGGAGGUGAACCCGGCUCUGUGGCUGUCGGCCGUCAGUCAGUUCAAAGUCCGAGACACCUUCUGCUCCUACAGCGUCAUGGAGCUGUGCACCAAGGGCCUGGGCCUGCAGACCGACUCCCUGAAGUCUCGAGGCCUGGACUUGUCUCGGGUGAGGACCUGUGUGGUCGUAGCGGAGGAGCGUCCCAGGAUCGCCCUGACGCAGUCCUUCUCCAAGCUCUUCAAGGACCUGGGCCUCCACCCGCGAGCCGUGAGCACGUCCUUCGGCUGCAGGGUCAACCUGGCCAUCUGCCUGCAGCCUCACAGGCUGGGAAAGCUUGCCGACCAGGGCACGUCGGGUCCCGACCCCACCACCGUGUUCGUGGACAUGAGAGCGCUGCGGCACGACAGGGUCAGAUUAGUGGAGCGGGGGUCACCACACAGCCUGCCGCUGAUGGAGUCUGGGAAGAUUCUACCGGGGGUCCGAAUCAUCAUCGCCAACCCGGAGACCAAGGGACCAAUGGGGGAGUCGCAUCUGGGAGAGAUCUGGACGCACAGCGGCCACAACGCCAGCGGCUACUUCACGGUGUACGGAGACGAGGCGCUGCAGUCGGACCACUUCAGCUCCAGACUCAGCUUCGGGGACACGCAAACCAUCUGGGCUCGAACCGGCUACCUGGGCUUCCUCCGCCGGACCGAGCUCACCGACGCCAGCGGAGAGCGUCAUGAUGCCCUGUACGUGGUCGGUGCUUUAGAAGAGGCCAUGGAGCUGAGAGGGAUGCGUUACCACCCCAUCGACAUCGAGACCUCCGUCAUCAGGACGCACAAGAGCAUCACAGAAUGCGCCGUCUUCACGUGGACCAACCUGCUGGUGGUGGUGGUGGAGCUGGACGGCUCGGAGCAGGAGGCGCUGGACCUGGUUCCCCUGGUCACCAACGUGGUGCUGGAGGAGCACUACCUGAUCGUGGGCGUGGUGGUGGUGGUCGACAUCGGCGUCAUCCCCAUCAACUCCCGCGGCGAGAAGCAGCGGAUGCACCUGCGCGACGGCUUCCUGGCCGACCAGCUGGACCCCAUCUACGUGGCUUACAACAUGUAGCGACUCCCCCUGGUGGCCGAUGCGGACGUGGAUGAAGGAUUAUUUCGUAAGAUGCAAAGAUUGUCUGCAGCUGAGGCUGAAGAACGGAUAGGAACCGGACUUCCUGGUGGAAAUAGUUGCCCCAAACUUUGUCUCUCAGGCAACACGUUAUCCCAGCUUAUGUCUCAAGUGGUAAUAUUAGGGUUCAGGUUGAGAGAAGUGAGGUUUGCUCUGAGAAGAGAAGCAGACAAAACCUUCCAGGGCUGGAAAGACAUGCAGACGAGGACAAUCGUUAACGUAGCAAAGAUUCUGGCUUUUCUUUGUUUGUUUCUAAACUCGUGAUCUAAAUUUUAGGCUAUUUUUCAAGAAACAUAUUUACAAAAAAAAACAAAAACAAAGGAAACUGGCAGAAAUUAUGUUUAACGUUGUUACGGUGUCAACCAGUAGAAAGUGUGAGAGAUGUUUUGAUACGAGGGUCCGAGGUCGUGAAUCAAUGAGGUACUAACAGUUGGUUGGCUUGUUUUAUUUCUCUUCUCUUUUUUGUAAGUGUUACGUUUUUUUUAAGUCAUAAUUAUUUCCUGAACCGUUUCAGCAGGAAAUCCGUUUGCUAACUUUCAUAAACCAACGGCUGCAGCCUUCAACGCCGUUUAUUUUUCCGUACGAACCGGCUUCGACUGAAGCCAAAACAAUACAUAAAUUCAUAUCAUGUA